UGAUUUCAGCCGGUUCGUGUGCAUGUGCUUCGUCGGGUCUACUUUUCAUCAAUAAUUUUUAAUUCGAAAGAGAAGCACACUACUUAAAACAGUGAAAAUCGAUUUAAUCCUUCCAUCAUUAUGCCUCGUACCGAUCCAAGAAUGGUGAAUGAGUCCCGUAUCCAGCCGGGUCGGGUUAUGAUUCUGCUAAGGGAUCCGCUCAUUAUGGACGACGUUGUGAUGCAGAUCGCGAAACAGUACGGCUAUAUCAAGGGCUUGCAUCGGCCGAGUAGCAAUCCGCAGUUGAUUUUCGUACAGUACCAGAACGACGAAUGCACUGCGGAAGCAAUUGAAAAGUUACGUAACUAUCCAAUAUUCCUGAACGUAGAUCUGGCGGUCAAAUCCGAAAAGUAUCAACACGAACACGAGAACAACGGCGGAAAUAACGCCAGAAACCUUGGCGGAGGGAAACAAAAAAUGAACAAUCGUCAGAAUCAGAGACCCAACGAUAGCAACCUCAAUAUGUCCAAUGGUAACAACAACAACAAUAACAACAGCAUGAAAGAUUCGUCGUAUCACCAGAUGGAUAAUGAUUCCUCACUAAAUAACUUUUAUCAACCGGAAAUCCCAUUGGGCUGUUGGUACUGCACUAAAAUGCCGAGUUUUGAGUGUCAGUGCGGUGCUUACUAUUGCGAUACCAACUGUCAGCGAUUGGAUUGGGACAAGCACAGAAGCAUCUGCAUGCCGCGUCUGGUGCCGAUUUCCUACUCUAACAAACGUAUGCUGCAGGAAGCGACUGCUUCCAAGCAAAACUCAUCCCUCUCUGGUUCAAGCUAUGCCUCACCGUCACAGGAACUGAAUUCAAGCCAAUCGCAUCAGAUUCCCAGGAAGGUAGGCAACGAAACCAGUUCUCCCGGAAAACAACAACAACAACAAAAUCAACGCCGAAAUGCUCAAAACAACCAGAAGAAGAAUCAAUCGGAUCAAGGCAAUAAAUCCACCCAGAAUAAACUGGACAAUAGCAACAAUCAAAAAAGUCCCACUGCCCAGAACUCCCAGAAAAAUGCCUCGUCGCCGGAAGAUUCUGGCAAAUUGAAUCAACUAGGCAACAAACUGCAGCGCCUUAAGCUGGCCAAAUCGGCCAAAGAAGGCAUCCUUCAACCGGGUCCAUUCCCGCGCACCGGCAGUCGAGUGAAAAUUUCAGCUUCCCUCGCAUCGGGUGUGGUUUACAUUUAUCACGAAAACAGUAAACCGGGCGAACCGAGUGAUUAUCUGAAGCUGGCCAAUCGAGUGUAUCAGGCGUCGAAAGAUGCGCAACCGGUCGACAGUAUUCCUAAGAUGGACGAUGUCAUUUUUGCUCCCUUCAUGGGUGAGUACUAUCGUGCCAAGGUGUUGCAAGUGAAGGGGGAUCAGCUGGAAAUACAAUAUCCGGAUUUCGGAAACAUGGCAACGAUCUCGUGGCAGCAGGCACGCCAAAUUGCCGACGAUGAUCUCAAGUGGACCAAAUAUCUUACCAUGCCAGCAAUGCUGGAAGGUGUCGGAACGCUCACGGGUGAAAUGAAAAAACUGUUGGACUCCUUUGAGGAGAUAGUCGAGUUUGAACUGCUGAAGGCUACCGACAUGGAGGACUCGGACAUGAAGGACAUCGUACUGAAACGUCCGAAGGAGACCACCACGUUGAAUGUGGAGUUGAUAGAGCUGAAGGAAAAGGAGCAAAGGCAACGCGAGGAAAAGAAAUCCCAAGACCGCCGAGAUAAGGAGGAUCAGCAGAAGAAAGCAGAAACCGAGCAGUCUGCGAAGAUUGCCGAUCCGAACAAUUACGAGCCGGUUCUGUUUGAUGAAUCGAUCGAAAGCAAGCAACUGCCACUGGACUCGAAGCAGAAACUGAUGAUCAUUGAUGCAAGUGAUCUGCUCGAAACACGCCUAAUCUCGGUGAUUGGCUGUGGAUACAUCGAGGAAUACGGAGCGGUUGUACAGGACUGCGGUACGCUUGGUCCGCUCGAUCCGAAUCCCUACAAGCCCACCCAGGAGGGUGAAGUUUGUUUGGUGUUGCACGAAAACGACUGGACCCGGGCAUUGUACGAUAUCUCCGAGGGAAAUUUCAUGCUACUGGACGUGGGUAUUCUUGCCAGUGUACCGACGGCCAACGUCAGACGGUUCCCACCCGGACUGAGUCGAAUUGUCUACAAUAACGAGGUGAUCGUUGAAAAUUUGGCAGUGCUCAAGGCGAUGAUGAUCAACGGUAAGUCGGACAGUAUUCAUGGCAAGGCGAUCGAAGCCUGGGUUUCCGCGUCCGAUGAUGGCGUCUGCAUUCGGAUUGUUCCCUGAUUCGGCUAAGUAGUUGUUGUAAUUUCAGCCCUACUGACUUUCAAUUUUGUUUCGUGUUUAGAUAUUUAAGCAAGUCAGUGAUUGUCUUGGACACUUUUGUUUUUAAAUUGUGCAUUCUUAUUGUAUCGAGUAUUUGUUUAUUAUUUUUUUUAAUUUGUAAAAUAUUGUGUCACGGAACAUGCUAGAUUAUUGUGACAUUUUUUCUUUAAAAUAUUAGCGUUUGUGCAGUUUGCAGUUCAGUUUGACUCAUUGCACAAUGCAAACGUUUGCGGUCUUAUUUUUUUCAAUUUAGGCUUACAUUAAUAAUCGAUUUUCUGCGUUUCUCGAAAAUUUAGCAGCUGUCUGGCUGCUGUUCUUUAACUGUAACAUUGUAAACUGAAGUAGCAAGCAAAGAUGGUCGAAACUGUCUUUUUAUCCUAUUGACAAUAGUUUUUUGACUGGUCCUCGAAAAAAAAUCUGUUUCCCGAUAUUCCAGUAAAUUUUCCAAGAGCUAUGAAUUACUGAAUGUUCUGUAAACUAUUCAUACUGGAAAUGUUGGGAUAAUUUUAUGCUCAGCAACACUACGCCUGAACAAAAAUGACAUCGUUAACUCGCACCUCACUUAAUAUUUUUUUCGUUUCGUCUUUGAUUCAUCAGUGCAGAGCAGUUCAAAUUAAACUGCUUGAUGCUAAACUCGGUACUUUUUAGUUGGCAACGGUGUGCAAUGUCUUUACUGACGUGCCGAACGGAAACGAAUUCUAACGAUAGAUAAAAAAAUAAAAUGAGCUAACUAUCGCUUUCUUUUAUCAUUAUUGUGUAGCACCUCAACUUAGAGCUAAUUAAUCGUCAGUUAAAAUAACUCUCUCUCUCGGUAACCAGCUGCCUAGAGAUUGAGUAACAAACUAUAUGUUUGAAAACGAACAUUUCGUUUGAUGCAUCUCGGCUUUUUAAAAUCAGACGCCUGUUAUAAAUAACUCGUAUAUUUUCCGUUUUUGUAGAUUGUUCUUAUAAAAUAAUUGCCUUGGUAUCGCGUUUCAAGGUACGAUUGAGGAUUUGAUUGACUACCGUCCUGAGAGUUUCAACUUUACCCGAUGCAAGAUUGUUUCAUACUCACCGACAGAAAAUUUUCGAUUUCAUUAAAACAAAAAUUUAGGUUAUACCAGAUCUUAAAGUUUCAUGGAUUUCUAAGACAUUUGACAUCAAAAAAUAAAAUUCGGUUACGAAAAUCGAACAAAUUUUCGAAGUCCCAGAGUCGAGCUUUUUUUAUAAAACAUUUUUUUUAAAAUUACACCAGAUCUGGACGUCUCAUGCAAUUCUAAGACAUUUGGCAUUAAAACCAUUUUUUUUUUCUAUUUCGCGGUUCAGUUGCCUUGGUCUUAGAGACAGAUUUGAACGGAUAUUUCGCUAUUACUUUUGUUCAGUUGAGUCUCCGUCACCGUCUUUCUGUUAAUGUGCAUUCGCUUCAUAGGCGGUUUCCUCAUUUUAAAACGGUGUUUUCUUAGGUUUGGUUUUUCAAUAGGGAUUUCAAUAGGGAUUACUCUAUUGUCUGAAAGUUGUUUGGAUAGUGUAAAGCGACGUCUCUACUCAGUAUUGUUUGGCAUAUCAUCACGAAUAGGUUAACUCCCGAGCAACGCUUUCAAAUCGUGAAAACUAUUUUCAAAAUCAGCGAUCAAUCAAAACUGUUUAUAGAGCAUUUCGUGAAUUUUAUGGUGCAUAUAAUCGUUCGUCUGAGACCACCAUAAAGUCUCAGACGGACUAAUUUUUAUUUGAAUUAUUUCUAAUUUUUUAUUGAACAUUAUAGUUAGUUGUUUUGUAUCAUCAUGAUAGUUGUUAAUCAUUUUCUUUAAAACAUGACGAAUAUUUUGAGUCAUCACUCAUUACAUUCUGAAGGGCAAUUUUCAAACAAAGUUUGUUCUGAGAAAUUGCGUUCUAAGCAGUAUUGGUGAUUGCCGAAAAUUUGACAGAAGCUGCAAUAUUGCUAUCUAUAUUGCAUACAACAUUUUCAAUCUGGUAGAAGAUGCUACAAGAACUCGAGUCUCUCAAUGUAUGAACCGUGAGAGAUUUUUGCUACAUUUCUUCGCUCCAUUUCAUACUCUGAGUAUUUAACGCCCUUAAAAAAACUUACAGUCUGAUAAUGAUAAUGAAUUUCCCAAGAGAGAAUCGCAAGUUUACAAUUACCGCAGAAAAUCGAAUGAUUUAACUUGAUGAUUCUCAUACUAGGUUGCAAUAUUUUUUUAAAACCCUUGUGUGGAGCAUUCACAGACAUUUUCAUAGACACAACUUAUACAAAGGUUAUAUGCACAUAGUUAGAAUAAGCGGCAAUAGUAAAAUGAUUCUAUCGUAAUUAUCAACUGCCUGUAUAGAAUCGGAUCGUGAAACGAGAAUAAGCUACCGUUUGUUGCUUCAGAGAGGAUCCCCACAGCAGCUUGCUAACCUUUGAUUCUCAGAAAUGUCAUCGAGAGAAAUUCGCUCUCGCACUGGUGUCGAUUCUAUGUUAAAUGAGCCAUACCGGGUUUGUGUUGUUGCGAUGAUAUCCGUCUCUCUUUGAUGGCACUGAUUCCAUCGUGUGAAGAGUUGCCAGUGAGCGUUCUUUGAUACGAUAAAAGCCAUCCUUGGUUCUAAGUUUUCUCUCUGUUUUAACAUUCUGAACACAUUAUUGUUUACUACACUGUAUUGUCUUGUUUUCUGUUGUCUCGACCGUUUUCGACUGUAGCUCGGGUUCGACUUGGUGCACAUUAUUAUUUUCAGCUGUCAGUUUAGCUCAAAAAAGAAUCGCUUGUACGCUGCACUGGCGAUCUUGUUAAAUUGUAUUGCUUUUAUUUACUUUUUUAUCGAAAUCUCGAUUUCGUCUCCUAUACAGGCUAAGCUCGGUAACACUUGAAUUUAAAGAAGAUUGAUCUUCGACUUUUUACCUUUGUGCUUGAGAGAGAGAGACAUUAUCUUUUCUAAUCAGUGAGGAUUGAGAAGCAGUUGGCUCACAAAUCAUUAUCCAUUUUUUCGUCGUAUAUGUUGUUGUAGUUGUGUUUAGCCUCUGUACUACCUUUAAUUCUGCUCGAGGUGCUGAAAUCAGACGCUUACAGCUGGCUUUUAGCUAACAUUCAGCACUUGGCGCUUUGGUCCAUCGUGAAUCGGCUCCACCAUCAACUACUGAAGUAAUCACUCAGUCGUUUGACUUUGUUUUUUGCUUUUUUUCCUUGCACGGCGAACGAUUCUAUGUCACAACAUCGCUGACUAAUCAAGUUUGUCAGUGUGGUUUAGUACGAUAAAUGCAGUUGCUUUCGCGAAACAUUGUUGUUGUCUUUAGCGAAUUUAACAUUAUUAGUUUUGUUCAGUUGAAGCAUAUGAACGUCCGUCCUUUCAACUGAGGUGCUGCCCAAACUGUAAUUUCUCGUACCGAAGGUCGAAUUCGAUACCGCUUGAAGUCAAUAGCAAUUGAGCUUGGUCUUGGAAUCGACAAUGCCUGUGCUUUUUGUUCUCAAAGUUUGCCCAUCUCGUGAUCGUCUUAUUGUUCACUACACUACAUUGUACUUUGUUUCCCGUAGCACCGCAGCACCGUAGCGGUAUUCGUCUGUUUCGAAUAAGACACGAAAGCGAACUGGUGUUUCGGGUUGUUGACGAAUGUGUAAUUGAGUCGAGUCUUUCUUGUUGGUCACAAUAGUUUAGGUCAUCGAUCUGAUUUAUGAUUCUGGCCCUUAUUACCGUUCUCAUUUCCACUUCCACUUGCACUUCUCUUACAUAUCACUUCACUUGAUUUUACCUAUUACCAGUAUCACGCUCAGUAAAAUAAUCACUGUAGUGAAAAAAAUCAUUUUUUCCAACAAAAUUUUUGUGAUUUGAUGUUCAUAAUAACAACAAGCUCAUCUAAGUAAUUACUAUUUUCUCUGAAGCGUCAUAUGUGUUAAAAACUUACAUUCACCUUACUCGGUUACUUUCACCAUGUAGUAAUACCCGUAAUAAGGGUCUCUAACAAAGAAUAAAUUGGGGACGGGUAUAGCGUGAAGGGUAAGUCGAUGCCUUUCACGCAGCCCGCCUGGGUUCGAUUCCCAACCCCGCACAUAGGGUCAGAAAGUUUUUCUGGCCCGAAGAGGCGAAUGACAUUAAUGUUAAAACCUCUAUAAUUGAAAAAAAAAAAAUUACACGUGAACUAGUUUUUGCUUAACUUUCGUUCUACACCACCACUCUGUUUCUCUUUGGGAUUUCCGGAACAGUGUUGCUAGAAAACGGAUUCUUAAAAACUCUUAUCCUAGCUUCGUAACUUGCCUAAAUUGGCAGUAAAUAUCGUACAGUCUACAUCGGAACUACAGUUUCGAAUUCCCUGUAUAUCUUUGCCUCCAGCAGUUGGUGAUUUACCAUCGUACCCGUUCUUCUAGGAAGGAACACAAAUUCGAUUCAAUCGAAACUAUUCUUUGAAAUAAACUUCAACUACUUUCGAGCUGGUUCUGAAAACUACUGAGGGUUACCGGGACGUAAAAAAGCAACUCAUCAUCGUAUUUGACUAAUAUAAAGGAAUCCUCUUUUUUUCUUGGGCAGUUAGCAGAGGGAAGGAGGUUGUGUCCCAUUUGUAAAACCUAUGCAAGACUAAGAAUUUUCAAAAUUGAGUAACCUUUUAAAGUGUUUUUGGAUAGUUUGUAUACGUUUUCGAAUAUUUAAAUUUGAUGGGAACUGCUUUUUUGAUGUUCACUGUGACGGUUGAAAAGCAUUUCUAUUUCUUAUUUUUUUUUAAAUUGCGGAGUUUACAGAAAUAAAAGAAGUUUGUCUAUUUUUAGCUGGAUCUUGUUGUUAAGCUGUCCUUUGGAGGAUAGGGUCUCUCGUUACCAUUCAGCGCAUUGAGGACCGGUUCAUCUUAAAAACGUUUUUUUUUUAAAUUCAUUUAUUGUUUAAAAAAUUAUUUAAAAUUAAACACUUUACGUAUAAAAGUACGUACACUGGUGAUUUCCGAAGUUACGCGGUUUUUUUUUCUGUAAAAAAAUUGAUUUUGCAAGUCUCAAAAUUUUUCUGUCCCAAAGUCGAUUUUCACAAAAAAAAUUUUCGUUUCAUGCAUUUCUAAGGCAUUUGACAUCAAAUUUUUUUUUUCUGUAGUUUGGAGGUUUUUUUACGCGGAUUUCCGAAGUUACGCGGUACGUAUCCCCCACGUAAAAAGAGACCUCAGUGUACAGUGAACUACUUAAAAAAUAUUUAUCAGUUUUUUUUUUAAUAUGGAGGCUCUGAAAACAGCUGCUCAAACUCGUUCCAUUUGUUGGUGGGUGUCAUCACUUCUUGGAAAAGAAUCAUCUGAAAGCAAAAAGAACAACGGUUUUACAUUUUGACAAUGACUAAUUCUAUAUCAUUUCUCGGAGUAUGUUCUUGCAACUUAAAAUAUUUUUUUUUUAGAUUUUCUGAAAAUUGUUCGGACAAAGCUGACCGUCAGAGUGCCGAUGGUUCACUAUUCUCACCUUCAUCCAUUGAUUCAUCGUCACAAUUGUUGGUGGGAACAUCGCUAGGGGGUUUUCCUGGGCUUCACUUUUUUCGGGCAUUAAGUUCGUUGUUAACUGGAGCAAGGUUAUCUUGUUUUACGCGGAUUGCCGAUGAUUUGUCUCCCAAGUACGGAGGUUGUUUUGGGUCGAUGCUGAAGUAACUUGAUUGUCCUCGGGUUUAGAUGUUUUCUUUAUCAGUUUCUCGAAAUGAUUUUUGUUUUUAUGCAUCAUCCUCAGAGGCGACUAGCACUAUUUGCUUUGUUGAACUGAGUCUCAUUAAUUGGUCUUGUCGUCAUUGUUUUUCUGUUUGCACUCUUCGAAUCAUCUUAUUGUUCACUACACUAUGUAUUGUUCUUUUGUUUCUGAUGUUCCGGUAUACUUUGUCGACUGCCCGGCCGGAGAAUCAGAUGAGAGAUUGGUAUGAUUGUGUAUUUGUUCAAAAGUUCUUGUCUUUAUUCAAUUGAUCAGGUAGCAAUUGGAGUUUGACUUAGUUAUUAUGCUUACUGUUUAAUUUUGAUAUUUACUUCUGGGUUGUUGGAAUGACAUCGAAGCAAGAGUAGCAAUGUGUCAGAAUUUUGCUCGUCCAUCGCCAACUUUCCAACUACUCGCACGCAAAUUAAUCUAAAUUGAUUAUUGUGGCAAAACUGGAGGGAUUGAAAUCGAACGUCGGAUGAUGGCAAAAUUGUUGAAAAGCCUAAAACUGGCCAUCGAAUCCUUUCUUUUCCUCAAGCAGUACAAGUGCUCCGCUUUGUUUUGACCGGAUUUGUUUGCCCUGCUCAAUGAAGUUAACCCUCCUCCCAAAAUAUUGGGACAAGUACCAACUCAAAAAGAAGCGACAAGCUGUUGUGAGCUUGUUGCAGUCCAAUGCAAGCUGACAAGAUGCAGUUUUUUUUGGUGAGAGAAGUUACCAAGGAUGUAAAAAAAAUUGAUAUAAAGCAUGAGUGAAUAUUUAUUCUAUUCUCUGUAUGAAUUGAACUUGGAAUACCAACACGAUCCGAAUCUUGUUAGACCAACUUUUGAUCAUUUUUAAACGCUCGCUCUUAUUGUCUUUCUUACAAAUCUCACAAGUAUUGAAUGAUUCACUAUUAACAUCAUAUUUGCAAGUAAUGUGCUGGUAUUUUGAUCCUGGACGAAAUCAAGCAAUGCUUUCAUGAACACAUUUUCUUUGGUCUUUCCUCAGAUAGAAUUUUUUUUAAAUAGGAAAGCCCAUGUUUUGAGACUUAUGCCCACCUGUUGCCCCUUAGAGUUUACGGCCCACUAAAAAUCAACUAGCGCCCACAGGUGGUCAGUUUGGGAAUCACUGCUCUAGACAGUCGGCUACCGAGAAAUAAUGGAUUGGCAAUGAGAGAAAUAACAGACCACAGUUAUUUGCCUGUUUAAAUUAUUUUUUUACAAUUUCAGUUGUAAACGACCUAGCGCGUAUACAGGGGAGGUGUUUUAGGGGUCCAACCCUUCCGAAACUCAAAAAAAAUAUAUUAUUAAAACGCUUCUUUUCAAAUAUUUAGGUUAAUCGUAAAAUGAAUAAUUUUCAACAAACAGUUAUAUAAAACCAUUUUUUUUUCAAUUUAUAUACAUAUUUCCAUACGUAUGGAAAUUGAUCAACAUGUUCUGAGGCAAAGCAAAGUCUUGGUAUUACAUUUGGUUUGGAAUUUGACCCUUUCAACAGACUUCGAAACCGAAUCAGAGUAUACAGAACCAUUGCAGUGCUACGAUCCUACUGACACUAAGAAUCCUCGGGUCUCGAACAUACGGCCACUGGCUUGUAAGACAAGCGCCCUAUGCAUUGAACCGCCAAGCCGGUCAACAUGUUCUGAAACACCCCCCGAAAAAAGACACAAAAAAUGGAUGCCAAAAAUUCUGUUUAAGCCCGAUUCUCUUCAAACUUUUACUAUUCGAAAUUCGAAGCCAAGUCCUUUUGUCCACUGCACAAUAAAUGUACAUUGUUUCUGUCGUCCCUGCCAUAAGGGAUUUUUUUUCUGUCGAGUGCCUCGGAUGAGAUGUGGAAGUAUUCUUUCAUAAACUUUCACACUUUCUGUCAGGACACAGAUAGGAUACAUCUACUUAUUACUGCUCUUCACUUUUCCUAUCAUACUUUAUCUACUGUGCAUCUAAACACAGAGAACAGAUAUUUAACCUAGAGUUUCUACAAAACUGAUUGCUAGUUAAAUUUCCUACACACUUGGAAAGCUUGACAUAUCCAUCUGGUAGCUAUGGUAUGUUAACAGUGUUCUAGAUUGGCGUAGCCUACUGUUUUACACUGCGUGAGGUUUCAGUUGCGUCUGUUCUCUGCACUGAAAAAAAAAGAAACUUGCUGUGCUCUUUUUGUUUGCCUAGAAUAAGCAUUAAAUGUUGGGUAAAUAAAUGUAUCAAAAUAUCCUAUCAGGAACCUGUUACAUUAGUUCACAAUUCACAACUACUAUAUAAUAGAACUAAAAAAAUAACUUACUGCGUCUUACCAUAACCACAUUUUUAACUAUAUGCUUUAGUUUAGGUCUCCACAGAUCGCCAGUUUGAACUCAGACUACGGUUCAUUUUUCGUAGCAAAAAGUUACGAUCUUUUUAAAAUCCUCCCGUACGGUACGUUUCCGUAUUUCUGUAUCUUUCAAUUUCUCUCGAGUUUAAAUAUUUCUUUAGCAACACCCGUUUCGGCAAUAAUUUUUGAAGCUUGAUAUUUAGAAUCGUUCGAAUAAAAAGCGUAAAUCAUUUUCUGGCCCAAGCGAUUCUAAACAACACUUUAAAAAUAUGUACCCAGUGAAUUAAAAUUCUAUUGAUGUCACGUUCAUUAAAGUAGGGUUCAUUGUGACAAAAAAUAGAUUAAGCUUAAGAAAAAUACACCAGAAACUCUUAAAUAUCAGAAAUAAACCUAACCUUAAAAAUUAAACACUCUUCUGGAUCAACAUAUUAUAGACCUCUUAACAAUCAUAAUGUAUUUUCAUGACUGUGUAACCCAAAUAGGCCAUAAAGUAUGCAUAAAAACUACAAAUAAA